CACUUAGACCCAUAUAAUACAUAUUGAUAUCACCCCUGGUCUUCCUUCUAUCCAUGACCCAACGAACUCUCCCACAUAGCACACAAAAUGAACAGCGAAACAAUUCCCUUACUUCCCCCUUCUCCUAAACCCCAUCACAACCUUGCCGGACUAUCCCCCUCUCGAUUCCGACUCGUUUGUUUCUUCGUAUGGUUCGGUGCCUUCUUAGCUUCUUUAGACGGUACGAUAGUAGCUACACUUUUAACACCUAUAGGAUCAUAUUUCGACUCUUCCAAUAGAGCUUCAUGGCUAGGAACAUCUUAUCUUCUCAGUUUAUGUUGUUUCACUCCUAUUUAUGGUAGACUUUCCGAUCUUAUUGGUCGUCGUAUUACCUACGUCGGAGCAUUAUCACUUUUCUUUCUUGGAACGAUUCUUUGUGCUAUAGCACCAAGUAUGGAAUUUCUAUUCGCAAGAUGUGUAGCUGGAAUGGGAGGUGGUGGUGUUCAAAGUAUUGGUGUUGUCAUAAUGACUGAUCUUGUCAGUCUCAGACAAAGAGGUUUAUUUCAAGGUUAUGCUAAUAUCGCUUUUGGUUUAGGAGGAGCUGUUGGAGGUCCUAUUGGAGGUUUAAUCUCUGAUACUUUAGGAUGGAGAGCUUCUUUCACUUUUCAAUUACCUCUGAUGAUCAUUUGCGCAAUUGGUAUAUUCAUCACUCUUCGACAUGUACAUUUACCUAUAAAACCUACUUUAAUCAAUCCUCAAUCGAUCUCAACAUCUUCAAGUUCAAACAUACCCUCGUCAUCUUCGAAAUCUGGGUUUAAAGCAACGUUGAGAAGAAUCGAUUAUCUAGGAUCAUUGACUUUAGUCAUCGCACUUGGUUCUCUUCUCGUUUCCAUUUCCAUCAAGACAUCUUCUUUACAAGAUGACGGAACGGAUUAUCCAUGGUCUGAUCCUCUCAUUCUCGGUUUAUUACUCAAUUCCAUCUUAUUCUUUACACUAUUCAGUCUUGUAGAAACUCGUUGGGCGGCCGAACCAACUCUACCAUUCCAACUUUUAUCCCGUCGUACUCCCUUUUCAGUCGCUUUCACAUCUUUCACAAUGGUAUUCAAUCAAUUUUCUCUUCUUUACAACGUCCCACUUUUCUUCUCCGCUGUAAAACUACGACCCGCUUCUAUAUCUGGUGCUCAUCUUCUUCCAUAUUCCCUCGUCGGACCAGUGGGGUCGGUAGGAAUGGGAUGGAUCAUACGUCAUACGGGUAGAUAUUGGUGGUGUUCCGUCAUUGGAGGUUUGAUCAUGGUUAUCAGCGCGGGAAUGAUGUGUUUUUGGAAAGAGAAUAGUCCCGGUUGGUUAUCUUGGGUUUCGGUAGCUCCUGCUGGUGCCGGUUAUGCUGGAGUCCUCACAAGUUCUUUGAUUGCUCUCAUGACGGAGGUUACAAGACAGGGAAGAGGAGAAAUUGCCGUAGCGACAAGCAUGAGUUAUCUAUUCAGGACGUCAGGUCAAGUAUUAGGUGUUUCAAUAUCAGCCGCUAUCGUCCAAUCUAUCCUCCAGAAGGACCUGUCAAGAUUGAUCACUGGUCCAGAUGCCUCAGAGAUCAUAUACACCAUCCGUCAUUCCACUUCCUCCAUCGUCAGUCUUCCAGAAAUUUAUCGCACAGCCGCUGUAAACGCCUAUCAACAUGCCCUUCACGUGGUGUUCAUCGUCAAUUUCGCGUUUACCAUCAUCACCGUCUUUGGCUUGGCUUUAGUUAAAGAGGAAGAUAUGCCAGAACAACAAGUUACUCCGGUUACUCCCACUACGGUGUCUAGAGAUGACACCGCUUAGAGGGUACGAAUUGUCUUGGCUUUCUUGUCCGUCGGGUACAGUAAUGCAGGUAUUUGACCGCAGGUCACUGGCAGACUCAGUGGCGGUGUAUUCUUUUUCGUUUUCGGAGAAACGCCGGAUUCGAAGAUGUUUAUUUGAAGAAUCAGGAACGGAUGACGAGAAUGGGAUAUCAAUAAUCCGAACAUGUUUAGACAUCUAGAGAGAGGGGGUAAGUAGUGCGUCAUCUUUCAUUGAUAGCAAAGGGGAUAUUGUGGGAAAAGGAAAUGUCUCAUGUCUUUGGGGUAAGUACAUAUUUGAUAGUGUAUGAAGUUCUGAAGCUGCGUCAUAGCGAUCCAAGUCGAAGUACGGAGAGUAGUUUAUGCGUUUAUGCAGACUAAAUGCUGUGUGG